AUGGAGAAGGCAACAUUCCUUAAGAUUUUCUUGGUCUCUUUUUUGCUUAUUUUGUUGGGACAAGGAAGCUAUGUGGGAGGAUGCUCUAAGGAUGCUGAUUGUGUAAAGCUGAAAUGCAUAGAUAAACAUCCCAUAUGUGACUUGACAAAACACCAAUGCGUCUGUCAAGCUCCACCAGCUAGUUAUGGAAGAAAAAACAUUCACAAGACUCACCAAAACUAA